UCCCAGAGCGGCCAAAGCCUCUGCCGCUGAAAUAUGUGUCAGUGCCGCCGCUAUGGUGAGUUGCUCGAUCUCGGCUGAGCUCCAGCGCGAUUGAAGUUCUGUGCUUUCAUAGUAAUAACAAUAAACGAGAGAGAUGAAAUUCGCCGACGGUUGGCCGCCGAGUUUUAAGGGCCUCGUUUGCUCCAGGAGAGUUUGCACCUCGAUUCAAGACUUUUUUAUGUUUACUUACUUUUUUCUGUUGAUCCUACUGACGGUCGCCUGGCUGAGCGCCUCGUUCGCCGACGUUGUGCGCAACGAGGACAUCUGCGGCCCGCAUAACGGUCGCCGGCUCUACGUCGAACUGGGCGAGCAGGGGAUCCUCUACGCGGCGAACGUCUCGCUGGUGAAAAACUCGCCGCGUCAGGACACCUCCCGGGCCUACACCGCCAACAGCAGCCACGACCAGUGCAGCCUCGAGCUGGUCACCUGUCCCUCGUGCGUCAUCACCCUCACCUUCAAGAGCAUCAAUCUGCUGCAUCAUUGUGGCGAUGGCAGCAUGACGAUCGAUAGUCCCUGCAGGUGCGACUACGUCUGGAUAUCGGAACCGCCUUACGAGGAUGUCUCCGGGACGCCGUUCUGCGGACACUACGCGCCGAUCUCUUACCGAUCGAACACCAGGACGCUGUCGAUCGCGCUGCUCUACAGCCAGUCCCACAAGCACGCGUUCGCCCUGGAGUACACGGCAGAAAGAAAUCGGUUGAUCCUCAAGGGCUCGAACUCGUUGACCGAGAUGUCCAAGUCGAUGAACAACAGCGGCGGUGGUGGAAUCCUCACAUCGCCGUUCUUUCCCUCGCGCUAUCCACGAGACCUGGGAAUGGAGUACAUCAUCACCUGUCCCACCGAGGCUCCGUCCUGCCGAGUCCGAGUACUCUUCAGUGACUUUCAGCUCGCCGCUGUGUCCAUCAUGGAGUUCUACGACUGGAACGGCCAGCGGCUGGAUGUCAGCAGCGGCGCCCGUUUCCGUCCGCCCAUAAUCGUGUCGACUGGUCCAUCGCUCCUGAUCCGUUUCUACGCCAACGGCGGCACCGGCCUCGGCUACAAGGCCUUCUACUCCUUCGUCCCGGUCCACCUGUACGACAAGCACUCGCAUCCCAUAACCGACUGCGGCGGCUACGUGGAGAACCUCGGCGGCACCAUCACCAUGAUGGACAUGGUGGGCGAGGGCGUCAAGACCUACGACUGCGUCUGGCUCAUCAGGCCGCCCAAGAGCUUUCUGCACAUGAAGACCCACAUGUACCUCAAGGUCAUCACUUUUGCAGAAAUGGCUGGAAACACCGAGCUGAUCAUCAAGCAAGGACCGACCUCAGCCUUGAUGCCUCUCGAAGUCCUGCGCCAUCCGGUGAGCCAACUGCAGCCUCCGAGAUUGCGGGAACAGUUGGCUCCGGUGACCAGCGGCUUCCACGUCAGUCUUCGCGGAAGUUUCGGGCCGAAUUCGCGACUGGCGAUAGCCUACGCGGCCUUCAGCUACAUGGAUGUUGUUAUGGGCUUGAUUUUAGACUGCUUCACGGGCUCGGAUUUUCUCUGCCAGAACCACCGGUGCAUCUCCAGUCAGCUGAACUGCGACGGGUUCGACCACUGCGGGGAUAACAGCGACGAGCCGUCGACCUGCUUACACGACUGGGACGUCGGCCUGUCGGACCGCAAGUGGCAGCAGAGCAAAGCCAACUACUACUUCCCCAAAAUCGACCGGUACCCCGAUCUCAAAACGGCGACUCUCGUCUUCGUGGCCAGUAGUCUCGGCCUCAUAGUCCUCAUCUCCGCACUGAUAAUCCUGCUGUACCGGGUCGGCGCCAGGGCCAGACAGCAGCGGGAACUUCAAUCCCGUCUGCGCACCAUCAGCGAACUCCUAGUGCACAACCUUGCAGACGGCGCGCGAAUCGACGAGAUCUCGGUGUCGGAUGACCCGCCCGUCUACGAGGCUCCGCCGAACUACGACGAGGUCAUAAAGCUCGGUAUGGAGGACGAGACGACGACGGCGACGACGACGGCGGCGGCGUCGAUGAGCUGCUCUAAUGGGAGCAACACCAGGAGGAAGAAGCAAAGAUCGACGAGGGACAGCAGAAGGAGCAGGAGUAUACCGUCCAGCCAGUGCUCUUGCGAGCACGAGCAGCAGCAGCUGACUUUGAACAUCUACGAGGACGGCGCGAGGGCGAACCGCAGUGGCCCGAUGACAGCAAUCAUGCCGAACCCGAUGGAAAAGCCGUCCGUGCCAGAGUCGCCGCCGCCACCUUACGUUACUCCACCUGGUACACUCCAGCGAAACUUCUCCAUCGACACCGCGGAGCCUCUGCCCGGACCCAGCGGCACCUCGAGCGUCCCGCCGAUAGCGCGCUGCGACACCAUCAACACCAACUCCUCGGACACCACCAGCACCAGUCCCGUACGAGUGCAUCUCUGCCGAGGCGACUGCAGAGACGCCCAGACUCGUCGGAGCUGGCUGCGCAACAGCGGCUCCUUCUCCCGCUCGCUGCCGACCUCCAGGGCGGCCUCCAACUCGCCGUCCAACGCCGAUCGGCACGUCUCCUCCACGACGUCGGUGGACGCCCCGCCGCCCCCGGUGGAGAACAGUGCGCUCGGUGCGUAUCUGCGCGCGGUCGCCGCAUCCUCGUCUUCGUCCUUCGUGACCCCGCGCCUGUUAGUCCCGUCUCAAGCGUCUGCUUCUUGUCCGGCGCAGUCAGCGAGGUCGAGCGCUGCCUCCACGAGCACGAGCAGCGAGUGCGCCAGCGGAUGCGCCAGUGUGGUCGUACCAAUCGAGGCCGAAAGCUUGGAGUCGGAGGAGCAGCGCCAAGAGGCAGUCGCGGUGGAGCUUCGCGAGGAGGCAGAGCCCGAGGAAGAGGACGAGGACGACCCUGAGCGCGCCGAGCGCCGGCCCAUAGUCGCGUGCUCCUGCGAGGGUGCCUGUGGCUGCGCCAGUAGCGGCUCGGCGUUGCUGCUCAAUAAUCCCGAAGAUUCCAGCUCUGAGUCCCGAGCUUUGGUCAUCCGGAGGAACUCCAUCGAUGACUCGCCCUGUGCCAAGAGCAGGAUCAUCAGGUUGCUAGCCGGCUCCAGGUCCUCGAACAACAGCAGGAGCUCUGCCAUAGCGGCGACGAGCUUGGACUCGGUCCCCGGCUCGAUCUCGACCAAUUGCUCGACCCCCUGUGGUACCUUCGGCAGGUCCUGUCACCAGACUAGAAGCAAGGGCUGCAUUCCGAGGAAACUGUCGAUCUGCUCCAGAGACAGCAGCGGCACCAAAGUUACCAACAUCAGCACCUACGGCAGCUUCGAGAGACUGCCCGACGACUUCGACAUCGUCUCCGAGACGACGAGUAUCUUGGGACCGGGAACCCUGGCCAACACCCCAAAGGCUACGCCCAACAGGUUCAUGGAACAGAUCGCCGCGGGUACGAGGCACUACUCGACCUACGACCUGGACAGCCUGUACGAGAGCAUCAGGGUGCUGGACUCGUUCCUGGCCCAGAGGGGAGCCAGCUCCGUUGGCAGAGCGGACGAGAAAUCCGGAGCCAGGAAGAAGAGGAGCUGGCCGAUGGCUGUCAUGCUGUUCGGCACGCCGAAGCACAGAAAGAGCAGCGGAAGCGAAGAUGGUUCAUCCAGGUCGUCCUCGAUCCUCAGCCGCAGGGAUUCAAGAGACGGCACGACCAGGAUUCGCGUCUGGCGAUCUACCGACGACAAUUUAGCCAAGUGAAAUUAUGCCCACACUGAUUGAUCUUCGUUCUAUCUUUUGUUUGAUUUUUGUAAUGGAAAAGGAUUACCAUUUACUAAUACAAAAUGGAAAGAAAAUUAUUUUGAGUAGUACAUCGUCUGUGAGGUAUGCGGAUUCACAUUUAAAGUUUUUUAUAAUAUACAUUUUUGGAAAGUAUCCAAAGAUAUGAUCUUCCGUUUCUACUGUGUAAGGUCAUGAUCUCUUAAACGAGUGCUUUAUUUUUGUAACAAAAGAAUGUAAAAUUGUAUGAAUUGCUGUAAUCACGAUUCGUAUUAAAAACACUCAAUUAGCGAAUAUAUAUUAUUGCAAUGACAAUUCAAAAACUGUAAAUGUUUUUUGUAUGGUUGUUAAGACGACUUCUAUGUUGAUUAAGGUUGGAGCAAGAAACCGACAUUUUUGACUGUGAUUCAUCAGUUGUAAUAAGUCAUUGUAAACGUCGAAUACGAAGGCUUGUGUUAAGUGAAAAGAAUAAAAGAUAAUUUUACACUAAAAUGAGGGAGAAAUCAAUUUUGCACUGAAUAUAGUUUAUUUCAACAUUCUUUAUAUAGUGACCUCAGGCGUGAAAAGUAGACAUUUUGACAAACGUUCGAUCGUCUCGCACCUAUGGGCUUGUUAUAAAAAUUUAUAUCAACAAUGUAUAUUAUACGCUGUAUAAACGGCUAUUUACACAUUAUGCGCUUUUCGUAGUUUGACUUACAUUUGCUCACCGCAGCAUAUACCGUUAAAUGAACUAGUAGAAGUUUUCUUCAAAUUUAAUUAAGCUUACAAUUAUAAUAUGGUAACGAGUAACAAUUGUUAUACUUUCGCAAUAGAAAAAUAAUCAACGAUAUGAUAAGUAUAUUAAAAUACUGAAGUACUUUAACUAAUGCAUAACUGGAAGUCUUUAUCACUUACGUUUACAAAACGAAGGAAUUCUUUCAUACCUCUAGUUGCUUACUCGAUAUACAACAAUUACAUUGCACCAUCAUAAACUUUCAUUUCGUACGUAAAGAACACAAAGUUUUCGACUAAAAAUCUUACAAGCCUUAUGCGCCCUAUAAUACACACUAUUCUUGAGCAUAGUAACACGGAGUCAACAUAAAAACUUGGUCUUAAAUGUAUAUAAUCAUACUUUUAUAGAGUACCAAAUGACGCCCACGUCUGUGUCAUGCGUCUCGCUUAUGUAUAUUAAAACAUUUUAUAAAAUAUAAGCUCAUUUCGUUAUGUCGUAUGUAUACUUAAGCGUAAGAAACCUAUAAUGUCUCAUUGGCAUUUCUUCGUCGCGUCGUAUAGUGUGAACUUCGUCACUUACUUUCCUAUCUAGCGUUGCUUUCUGCGGUCAUCCUGACCCUGGUCGUUUUACACGUAUUUACAAAGAUGCUUACAAUUUAAUAGUCGGCGUUAUAAGGUCAGUCCUAUUACAUUGUGUAAAAUACCCCCAGGACUGGAAGAAGUAGUAGGUAUUCGCGGUACAUAUACAAUCAUACAAAGAGUUCACUUUCUGAAGAGUUCUGACUAUUUGGAUGCACGAGUCUUUCCUUGGCUGAGAUCUUGGCUUCUGUGGAUAAUUUCGGGUACAGAGAGACUACACAUCUGAGGAAGCUAUUAGAUUCUGCUAUUGUUCGUCGCUGGAAAAUUCGUCAGCAGGUUGUAAGUGUACAAGUUGCGUGAAAUUAACGAAUAAUGUAAGAAAAGAUACUACUUGUGCACGCUAUAUCGCUAUCAAAAUAACAAAGAACUGUAAAUAAAACACCCAUAACAGUC